AUGACGAGUCCCCCGAUUGCUAUACCUUCCCCUGUCGCUGCUGCUCUACUAGGUAGAUCACGUGCGGUGCCUUUUCCUCCGUCUCCCAUUCACGUCUGCAGUCCUGCUGGUGCUGCUGAGUUUGCGGGGCUUGUUGCAUCGGCUGCUCUCCCGUGGAAAGGAGGGGCGUCGGCCCCCCCAGGAGCAGGUAAUCACUCUCUCGUGCUCUGUGAUACGACCUGCCCCAGUAACAGCCGUUUCAGCACUGACGAGCACCAGGCUGGGAACUCCAAACCCCGUGGUGCAAGCACCGGUGGUGACGCGAGGCGAGACGAGGGGCGGGAGGAAACGAGAGCCUGGCGUGGGGAGGGAGCAGGGCAGCGAGAGGGAGCCGGAGGAGGCGGAGGGGGAAGGGAAGGAUCGGGAAUCGGCGUGUGGGGUGCGGGUGCUGCUGCUGGUGGUAGUGGGAGAGCGGGGGUGGGGAGAGGGGAGGAGGGAGAGGGGAUGAGAGGUGGAGAGCGCUUAUGGUGGCAAGGACAAAGGUGUGAAGGGCAGGAGUCUGGUGCUGGGAAGGAGGAGGAGGAGGCGGAAGAGGAGGCGGAAGGGGGGGAGGUAAAGGAGGAGGAGGAAGAGGAGGCGACUGGUAGGGAGGCAGAGGCAACAGGCGAGGAGGGAGGAGGAGGGGGAGCGAAGGGCGGCGGUGGCAGAGCGAGCUUGUGGGGUGACAGUCCCAAGGGUGCUGCACUUGAAACAGCUUUGCAGGCUCUUACUGCGCGUGCCGCUCCUGCUCCUGCUGCCUCUGCUGAAACUGGCGCUGCUGGGGGCGAUGGCAUGCAUAUGCCUGCUGCUGCUGCUGGCAGCGCAGGAGGCGGACUGGAGGAGUGCUUGCGUUGGUGGAUGGGCGGGGGUGGCAUGAGGAGGGGGUUUGCAGCAGCAGUGGGUGACAUCAACACACGUAUGGCCAUGGCUCCCACCACUGCCACGCCUGCUGUGGAUGCUGCUGCUGCUACUGCUGCUACUGCUGCUGCUGCUGCUGAUGCUGCUGCUGCUGCUGCUGCUGCUGCUGCUGCUGCUGCUGCUGCUGCUGCUGCUGCUGCUGCUGCUGCUGCUGCUGCUGCUGCUGCUGCUGCUGCUGCUGCUGCUGCUGAUGCUGCUGAUGCUGCUGCGGGUACGAGAAGUGUUCCCAUGGGGGUGUUGACAUGGCCUGGCGGCGUUGAGGCAAGGGGGCAGAAGCGCAGAGCGGACAGUGAUGCAUGGGGGGAGGGGCGUGUGAGGGAUGCGCGUGCGUGGGUGCAGGGACGGAUGGAUCGCCACACGCUGUCUGGCUCUCUGGGAGACUUGACAACAACACACCACCCUGCCGCCCCUGCUGCUGCCACGGCCCCCACUGCUGCCACUGUCGUUGCCCCGACCACAACUGAUUCUAUCGCUGCUGCUGCUGAUGCUUCUGCUGCUGCUGCUGCUCUGAGUGCGGCUGCAGCAGGAGCAUCGGCUCCCUCUGCGCCCCUUCCCUCGGACUGGCUCAGGCUGUGGUCCGUUGGAACGCAUCGAUCUGGAGCAGGUUCUGGCCCUCAGGAACCCUCCCAGACACCCUACUUCUCCCUCACCGCCUUCCCCCCCGCUCUGUUUCCUCUGCCAGAGUCCUCCCCAGCACAGGUCACCGCCACAAGCAGCACUCUCAAUCGAUCCUCUCUUGCUGCUGCGCCCACUCUCCCCUCCCCUCUCCGCCCGUCCUCGGCCCCACUCCCUUCCCCCCUCUCCACUCUCCCCUCCUCCUCUUCGUCACUCAAACCGCCUUCACACUCCGCGUCCCUCACCUCCCUCGCUACCCCCGCUCCCCUCACCAGCCGCCCACCAGCGUUCGUUUCCGCGCAGCAGCCCUCGCGACUGCUGGAGCACCUGCAGUCGGUACUGCAGUCAUCCCACGGCAUAGGGGCAGCACUACGGGCUGCGCUCGCCCAGAGUGGCUCUGGCAGACAGUUCGACAGUGGCGGGACGGCGGGGGCAGCAGGGGGGGUAGGAGGAGCGGGGGCAACAGGGGCAGCAGGGACAGAAGCUGCAGGUGCAGCUGACGCAGGAGGUGCACCUGCGUGGGGUGGUGGCGCAGGAGCAAGAGGAGCAUGGGCGGAGGAGCUGGGAGGGGUAGUGAGGGGAGAGGUGUGGGAACAGGGAGGGGGAGAGGCGAGGGAGGAGGGCGCUGGGAUGUUGAGUGAGGGAGGAGAAGCAAGGGAGUCUGGUGGUCUGGCUGAGGCGGUGGUGGUGGCGCCGUUUUCCGGGCGGCUGCGCGUGCAGCAGGGGCAGCAGAAGCGCGUGGUGGUGCGCACGCAGUGUGGCGAGAACGACGUGCUGAGGGACGGCCACAAGUGGCGCAAGUACGGGCACAAGGAGAUCAAGAACUGCCCCUUCCCCAGUGCAUCGGAGAGAGAGGGUGGGAGGGAUGGUGCGUUGCAGCGCAUGCUGCUGCUCAUGCAGGGAGGAGGCAUGGCUGCGGAGAGCAAGAGCAGCGGGGCAGGACCUGCUUCCGCUGCUGAUGUGCCUGCUUCUGCUGCUGCUGCUGCUGGAGAGGGGACGAGGCAAGGGUUGAAGGAGGAGGAGGAGGAGGAGGAGGAGGAGGAGGAGGAGGAGGAGGAGGAGGAGGAGGAGGAGGAGGAGGAGGAGGAGGAGGAGGAGGAGGAGGAGGAGGAGGAGGAGGAGGAGGAGGGGGAGGAGGAGGAGGAGGGAGUUCCAACUCUCUGCUUGCUGUUCUUUCCGCGCACAAUCUCAGCCCCAGAACAGCAGCACAGUUUCAGCUCAACACACUCGCCAGCGUUGCAGCACACACUCAGCCCCUAUCCAUGUUCCCUCCUCCCAGGCCCGUCCUCUCUCUCUCCCCAACCAAAACCCGGUCCACUACCAAGGCAGCCAGCAGCAGCAGCACUGAUGCACACGCAAUGA